CUUCCAUGUAUUGUGGGGACGAAGUCGGCGCGUUCAUCGGGGACGUGGGGUCUCUCACGGCCAAGUUCGGGUAUGCGGGGGAAGACACGCCCAACUUGGUCUUCCCUUCAUGCAUGGGGGUGCGCCCGGCGACCAACGAGCGCAUCGUUGGGCACAGUGCGUUGUCCAGCUGCCACGACAUCACGGCCUUGCCGCGGGCCAUCAGCACCAUGGAAGACAAGAUCAACUACAACUGGGACGUCAUGGAGAAACUUUGGUUGCAUGCGUUCGAAGAAUCUCACGUAGAUCCCACGCAACACGCCGUUUUGACGUCCCUCUCGCCCUUCGACAUGCAUGAAAGUGUGUCGUACAUGGAGCUCAUGUUUGAAAAGUUCAACGUCCCUGCGUUCUACGUGGCCAAGGACGCCGUGUUGAACGCGUUCUCGUUUGGCAAAUCGACUGCGCUUGUCUGCGACGUGGGCGCCAGUUCCACGCGUGUCGUCCCAGUCGUGGAAGGGUUCAACUUGAAGGGGUCGUCGUUUCGCUCGACGGUGGGUGGUGAAGCAUUGACAGCGCAGCUGCUCUCCGUCCUGCAGGAGAAGCACCACAUUGAAAUCCAUCCCGGCGUCCGCAAGUACCCUGCGGCUGGCGACGGCAGCGGUCCUGCUCUGCUGCGUCCGCUGGCAUCGGUGUCGAACGAAUACCGCAACUUUCGCAUCUUGGAGAUCGUGCGCGACAUCAAGGAAUCGCUUUGUCAGAUGCCAGAAACAACUCUUCAGGAAGACCUGGUCGAAAGCGUCGCUCCCGAGCACUACGAACUCCCCGAUGGCCAGGUCGUCACGCUCGGCAGCGAGCGGUUCCGCAUUCCCGAGAAGCUCUUCCACCCCGACGUCAUCGCCGCGGACUCCACGACGGUCGACAGCGCGUCCAAGGGUCUUCAUCGCAUGGUGUACAACGCUGUGCAAGGCAGCGACGUGGAUGUGCGCAAGGACUUGCUAAACAAUAUGGUGCUGUGCGGUGGCGGCAGCAGCCUAUCUGGCCUCACGGAGCGGCUGCAUUGGGAAGUGUCGAAGUUGGUACCGUCGGCCACGUAUAAAGUGCGGCUGACCCAAGUGUCUUCGAUCGAAAAGAAGUUCAGCGCGUGGAUCGGCGGAAGCAUUCUCGCCUCACUCGGGUCGUUCCAGCAGUUGUGGGUCUCCAAGCGCGAGUAUGACGAGUACGGCGCCGACGCCAUGGCCACUUCCCGCUUCUUGUGACCGUCGUUCCAUUGCAUCAAUGCGUGGCAUCUUUAAAUUAUUCAAAAUCCAAGAGCCGGGACAUUUUAAAUGCAUUAUGAUUCCAAAGGCACGUUGUGGUUCUACGUAAUCAGUUAUAAAAAACAAA